AUGUAUGGAGGCACCCCAAUUACUGCCGACCGAUUGAUGAAGCCUUUCAAAUGUCCUGGAUCCGCAACGCCAACGAGAGCUUCAGAGAAACCAACACGCAAGCGAAGAAAGGUCAAUUAUACCGGAGCCGAUGGCGAAGUCGACGACGCGGACAAGCCUUAUAGUAAUGAGGAUCGACUUGCCCUUGCUACUCGAGAUGUCAACCGCUUCCCUGUUUUCAAGCCCAAGGACAAGGACCAAUCAAUACGUCAACGCUUCUCAGUACCGUUCCUUAACAAGGAUCCUGCCGCGUACAACUCAUCUCGCCCCCCACCGCUCCUUGGAUUGCGACAAGGUGCGGUCUUCGUCGCCAAACCACUUCACGAUCCCAGCGGAGAAUUUGCCAUUGUUCUUUACGAUCCGACCGUCGACGAUAAACCUGUGAGGGCUAUAGAAGAUGCAUCCAAGGAAAAUACAGAAGAAUCGAAAGAGAAGGUAGACGAGCCGAUAAUGCACAAGAGUCUGGCAGAUAUUCUAGGCUUGAAGAAGAAGGUUGUUGAGGAGCGCCCUCGAGUGCCUGUUGUCAUCGACCCCCGGCUGGCCAAGGUGUUGCGUCCUCAUCAGGUUGAGGGUGUUAAGUUCCUGUACAGAGCUACCACUGGAUUGAUCGAUGAGAAGGCCCAAGGCUGCAUCAUGGCUGACGAGAUGGGUCUUGGUAAAACGUUACAAUGCAUUGCACUCAUGUGGACUCUUUUAAAGCAAUCACCAGAUGCUGGUAAGCCGACAAUCACCAAGGCAAUCAUCGUCUGUCCUUCAAGUUUAGUUCGAAACUGGGCCAACGAGCUGGUCAAAUGGCUGGGCAAAGAUGCCAUCAAUCCCUUCGCUAUCGAUGGAAAGGCUACCAAGGAUGAACUGAUUCAGCAAAUUCGGCAAUGGUCCAUCGCAUCAGGCCGUGCCAUCAUUCGUCCUGUCAUCAUCGUUUCUUACGACACGCUAAGACUCUACGUGGACGAGUUUAGAGAAACGCCCAUUGGACUCUUGCUCUGUGACGAAGGCCACAAGUUGAAGAACGCUGACAGUCAGACUUUUAUGGCCUUGAAUGGUCUCAACGUACAGAAGCGUGUUAUCCUGUCUGGUACACCCAUCCAGAACGAUCUCUCGGAAUACUUCUCGCUCCUCAACUUUGCCAACCCCAACUACCUGGGAACCAGGAUGGACUUCCGCAAGAAGUUCGAGCUUCCCAUUUUGCGUGGUCGCGAUGCAGGUGGUUCAGACGCUGAUCGCAAGAAGGGUGACGAGCGUCUGAGCGAGCUAUUAACUCUGGUCAACAAGUUUAUCAUCCGCCGUACCAACGAUAUUUUGUCGAAGUACUUGCCUGUCAAGUACGAACACGUCGUCUUCUGCAACAUGGCCCCCUUCCAGAAGGACCUUUACAACCACUUCCUCAAAUCGCCCGAUAUCAAGAGUCUGCUGCGUGGCAAGGGCAGUCAGCCUUUGAAAGCAAUCGGCUUGCUCAAAAAGCUCUGCAAUCAUCCAGACCUGCUCAACCUCCCAGAAGACCUGCCAGGUUGCGAGGAUACUUUCCCUUCCGACUUUGUGCCAAAGGAUUCUCGUGGUCGCGACAGAGAUGUUAAGGCAUGGUAUUCAGGCAAGAUGCAGGUGCUUGACCGUAUGCUUGCUCGCAUCAGAACCGAGACCAAUGACAAGAUUGUCCUAAUCUCGAACUACACGCAAACACUCGACAUCUUCGAAAAGCUUUGUCGCGCCAGAAACUAUGGCAGUCUUCGACUUGACGGCACCAUGACUGUCAACAAGCGUGCCAAACUAGUGGACAAGUUCAACGACCCCGAGGGUAGCGAAUUCGUCUUCCUGUUGUCAUCCAAGGCUGGUGGAUGUGGUCUCAAUUUGAUUGGUGCCAACCGCCUAGUCUUGUUCGACCCUGAUUGGAACCCAGCAGCAGAUCAGCAGGCACUUGCGCGUGUCUGGCGUGAUGGACAGAAGAAGGAUUGUUUUGUGUAUCGCUUCAUUGCAACAGGAACGAUUGAGGAGAAGAUCUUCCAAAGGCAAUCUCACAAGCAGUCACUGUCAUCGUGUGUCGUGGAUUCGGCAGAGGACGUGGAACGACAUUUCUCGCUGGACAGUCUCCGCGAGCUUUUCCAGUACCGACCCGACACGACAAGUGACACGCACGAUACGAUCAAAUGCAAGCGUUGCAAGGACGGCAAGCAGUUCAUCAAGGCGCCUGCGAUGCUCUACGGCGAUACCAGUACAUGGAACCAUUUUACCAACGAUGGUGAGAAGGGUGCCAUGGGCAGGAUCCAAGAUCUGUUGCUCAGGCAGGAGUGUUCAGAGGAUGCAGUCAGUGCUGUGUUCCAGUACAUCAGUCAUUGA